AUGAGAAUCUGUUGGAGUGCACAGUGUACAGAGGCAAGCCUGGUGCUGCUGGGGGUCUUGACUCUUUCGCUGUCUCUGGGAAACAUCUCAACCAGAGGACAGGAGGAGGGCGUGGCCUCCAACAGUCUUGAGGAUGAGUCAGAAGUGACCACGUACUGGUGGGGUGAAUGGGCCAAAUGGACGGCCUGCACUCGCACCUGUGGCGGAGGAGUCAUGUUCCAGGAGAGGCACUGCCUGAAGCAAAGGAAGAAAGCAGCUGUUGGAAAGGACAAUGUGACUUGUAAUGGCACUGCGAAGAAAUACCUUCUUUGUAACACCAAGGACUGUCCAGCUUCUGGGCGGAGCUUCAGAGAGGAGCAGUGCUGGUCGUUCAACUCGCAGGUUUACAAUGGGAGGAGCUACCACUGGAAGCCCCUUUAUCCAGAUGACUAUGUCCAUAUCUCCAGCAACCCCUGUGAUCUGCACUGCACUACACCAGAUGGCCAAAGGCAGCUGAUGGUGCCCGCCCGUGAUGGAACAUCUUGCAAAUAUAGCAACUACAGAGGCGUCUGUGUCAACGGCAGGUGUGAGCCUAUUGGGUGUGAUGGCGUUCUCUUCUCAUCUCACACCCUGGACAAAUGUGGUGUGUGCCAAGGGAAUGGCAGCAGCUGCAGCAGGGUCACAGGAAACUACAGGCGGGGUACAUCCAGCUUAGGCUACACUUUCAUCACACAAAUCCCAGAAGGCUCUUGGGACAUCCAGAUCAUCGAAAGAAGGAAAUCUGCUGACAUUUUGGCUGUGACAGACCAAGCCGGGAACUUCUUCUUCAACGGCGCAUAUAAAGUGGACCGACCGCAAAACUUCCAGGCUGCUGGGACGAUAUUCAAGUAUCGGCGGCCUAUGGAUGUGUACGAGACCGGAAUUGAGUACAUUGUGGCCAAGGGGCCCAUUAAUCAGCCCAUCAAUGUUCUGGUAUGGAACCAGAAUGGCCGCACACCCUACAUCACCUACGAGUACACAGUGAUGCGAGACCCCUUCUCUACUCCUCCUCUGCCUCUGCUCCACUCAGAGACAGCAGAGAAUGGAGACACUGGCGCCAUCUCUCCAGGUGUGGGGCGUCACAAUGAGAACAUGUCUGACCCCGAGCAGAACCAUAUCCUGAGGGAUAAGUCCAACAUAGAAGCAGCGGGAAGCCAGAAAGGUCAGGAAACCAAUGAGGUGUAUGAGGACACAGCUGGAAUGGUCUGUGAGCAAGACGCCCCAACGCCAUGUCAAUACACAGAGAGGAACGGCACCCAGUCCGGUGGUGCUCCGGGGCCCGUGUUCCCUGCAGGCCGUGGACCGUCCGAGGAUGUCCCGGGCUCUGAGAACUUGAUCUGGAGUGUGCUGCUUGGGGAGCGCAUUGGCUCAGAGGAGUUGCUCAUAAACCUCUCCACCAACCACCUGCUGGGCCAAGAAAAUGUGUUCUCCUCAGAGACAGAGCCUUUGGACCUCGACUAUGCCAGUCUGGAGCAUGAUGCCUCACAUCACCUCAACAGCUCACUCCAGGAACUCAGCAUCGGCCGCCAUCAAAACGAGACUGGAGACUUUGUCUUUCCCAACCGGACAGCGCUACCGGCUCAUAAGGGUGGUACUCGGACUAACCGGACCAGGAAUCACCAGAAGGCAUCCCAGAAGAACCUCAGGCUGAGCCCAGCAGACAUGUACCGCUGGAAGCUGUCAUCCCAGGAGCCGUGUAGCAUGACCUGCUCCAUUGGUGUGGCAAAGUCUUUUGCCAUGUGUGUGCGAUAUGAUGGAGUGGAGGUAGAUGACACUUAUUGCGAUGCCCUGACCCGUCCCGAACCAGUUCACGACUUCUGCAUUGGCAGGGAGUGCCAACCCAGGUGGGAGGCAAGCAGCUGGAGUGAAUGUUCUCGGACCUGCGGUGAGGGCUUCCAGUUCAGGAUGGUUCGCUGCUGGAAGAUGCUGUCCCCUGGCCUGGACAGCUCUGUGUACAGUGACCUCUGCACCCUGGCUGAGCUGGAGCGUCCCCCUGAACGCCGGCCCUGCAGGAGUCCUGCCUGUGGCCCCCAGUGGGAGGUGGCUGAGUGGUCUGAGUGCCCAGCGAAGUGUGGCAGCAGAGGACAGGUGACAAGGGAAGUUCGGUGCUCCGAUGAGAUGAGUUCAUGUGACGUGUCCAGCCGCCCACCAUCCUCCAGGAACUGCACGGGUCCACCGUGCGAGCGGCACUGGAGCGUGUCCGAGUGGGGUCCGUGCUCCGGGUCGUGCGGACAAGGGACGAUGGUGCGGUAUGUGUACUGCAAGACCCCUGAUGGACGGGUGGUCCCUGAGUCCCAGUGUGACCCUGAGAACAAACCGCUUGCUAUCCAUCCGUGUGGAGAGAGGGACUGUCCCCCACACUGGCUGGCCCAGGACUGGGAGAGGUGCAACACCACGUGCGGACGUGGCUUGAGGCGAAGGGUCGUGCUUUGUGUCGGCAUCACCGGGGGGAAGUUUCAGACCUUUGGAGAGGAAGAGUGUGAUGCCAGCAACAGGCCAGUUGAUGAGGACACCUGCUUCGAGAGGCCCUGUUUCAAAUGGUACACCACACCAUGGUCAGAGUGUACCAAGACCUGUGGGGUAGGGGUGCGCAUGAGAGAUGUGAAAUGCUACCAGGGGCGAGAGAUUGUUCGAGGUUGCGACCCCUUGACCAAACCUGUUGCAAAGCAGACCUGUGCUCUGCAGCCCUGUCCCACAGAGCCCCCAGAUGAGAACUGCCAGGACCGCCCCACUACCAAUUGCUCCCUGGCCCUGAAGGUGAACUUGUGUAGCCACUGGUACUACAGUAAAGCCUGCUGCCACUCCUGCAGGGCUUCCCGCUCCUCCUAG